AAGAUAGAUGAAGAGAAUGAAGCAAACUUACUAGCAGUCCUCACAGAAACGUUGGAUAGUAUCCCAGUGGACGAAGAUGGAUUGCCUUCCUUCGAUGCCCUGACAAAUGGAGAUGUGACCAGCGAAAAUGAGGCUAGUCCUUCAUCGGUACCUGGCAGCUCACCUCCACCUCAGGAGACAGAAGAGACAUCUCUACUUAAGAAGCUCUUGUUGGCACCAGCGAACAUCCAGCUAAAUUACAAUGAAUGCAGCGGCCUCGGCACACGCAACCAUGCAAACUCCAACCACAGGAUCAGAACAAACCCUGCGCUGGCCAAGACUGAGAAUUCAUGGAGCAAUAAAGCGAAGAGCACCUGCCAGCCACAAAAGCCACAAAGACGUCCCUGCUCAGAACUUCUCAAAUAUCUGACUACCAGUGAUGACCUCAGCCAGGCCAAGCAGACAGAAAACAGGCACAGCAACAGGGACAAAUACACUUCUAAAAAGAAGGCACUGUUGCAUUCUCAGAUGCAUCAUUUACAAGAGAACGAAUGUUAUGGGGCACCUGCUAAGCAGACCAAAUCAAUGAAUUUAUCACUUCCUUUGACGCCCGAGUCGCCAAAUGAUCUGAAGGGUUCUCCAUUUGAGAAGAAGACUAUGGAAGAAACUUUGAAUGCCGAACUCUGUGGAACUGCAGGCCUAACUCCACCUACCACCCCUCCUCAUAAGGCCACCCAAGACAACCCUUUUAGAACUUCACCAAAGCCCAAGGCGUCAUGCCAGACUGUUAUGCCACCUUCCCCGAAACCUCGUUGCAGUGAGUCUUCCAUCUCGCAAGGACACAAUUUGUUCUGGAAGGUUCCAGAGCAGUCGGAGCUGUAUGCGCAGCUGAGCAAGACCAGUGGGCCGCCUGUGGGACAAGAGGAGAGGAAGACGAGGCUGCUUGGUUUGAGACUGUUUGGCGACCACGAUUACUGUCAGUCGGUCCUUUCCAAGACAGAACGAUGCCUCAACCGUUCCUUGGAACUGCAGAACUCCAGUCAGGUGGAAUUAACAGGGUGGUGGUGUCCCAUUUGUUCCUCCUUGGAGCAAAGCAAUCAGGAGGACGAGAGAGAAAGUUGGCAGGCGAGAAAGCUGGACUUACCAUGCAACAACCGGAAACUGCUCCAAGACCAGGAAAUCCGGGCCGAACUCAACAAGCAUUUCGGUUCCCCCAGCCAAGCUGUUUUUGACGAAGAGACCAACAAGACUAGCAAUCUGAGGGACUAUGGUCAUUAUAGCGAUGAACAGUUCUCUAAGCUAUCUAUGUUUAUCAAUUCGGGGCUAGCAAUGGAGGGUUUCUUGGAGGACAGCGAAGAGGAAAACGAAAAGAUAUCGGGCUACACCUUAUUUGAUUUAUCGCCUUCUGGUUCAUCCCUGGAUUCUCCGUGCAGAUAUUCAGGGUCCCCCCCACAACCCAUUUGCUCAACGGUUCCAAAGACUACGCUCUCAAUCCAGAUCCUUCCCGCAAUGCAGGCAUUGUUCCCAUGCUCCAUCUUCCCGGUCGAGGUCGAGGUCACCCGGCAAAUGCUCCAGGAAGAACGUCGCGUCAUCUACGUUGGUAGACUUGGAUCUGGUACUACUCGAACAGAACUGAGGGACCGGUUUGAAGUUUUCGGUGAAAUUGAGGAGUGUACACUGAAUCUACAAGAUGAUGGAGAUAGCUAUGGAUUCAUCACUUACCGCUAUACUUGUGAUGCAUUCGCUGCACUAGAAAAUGGAAAUACUCUACGCAGAGCCAAUGAACCUGCCUUCCAGCUGUAUUUUUGUGGACAGAGGCAAUCCUGCAAGGCUAACUAUGCAGAUUUUGAUUCAGACGAUUUCGAUCCUGCUUCUACUAAGAGCAAGUACGACUCCAUGGAUUUCGAUAGUUUACUCAAAGAGGUGCAACGGAGCUUCCGAAGGUAACAUUGGCCGUGGCGAAGGAGAGCGGGAAUUUGGCGGAAUACCUCACCAAGCAUCGUGCCGUUCGGUCAUAGCCCGUAAAGAAGCCAUCCUUCACCUGCAUCUCCUCCCUCUGCAUUUCUCCCUUACAAAAAACGUGGUUUGCGUGGACACAAGUCGAGGCAGACGAAGAGAAGGCAGCUGGGACUGAUCGCGACACGAGUGUAAUCUCUUUUUAAAGUUACGGUGCUGCUUUUCCAGGGUGAAGGAGGUGGUUGGGUUUUUGAGAAGGGGCAGCAGUUCCAUAGAGAUCGAGUCCAAACAAAACUUAGAAAAUAUGUACAUAAUGGCGCAUUUGUUUCUUUGUUUUCCCUGAAUGGAGCAAUUAGAAAACUUUUAGCUGCUGGCAUCUGAGAUACACAACUGUGUUUGGGUGCUUUAUUUUAUUUCAUUUCUUUCUUUUUUAAAUUCCCGUAAAGCAAGCUUCUCACAUUGGGUUGUUUUAAGAGGAUGACAAUCUCAAAAGAGAACGGCGGAUACUGCAGAACAACCCAUGCUCUGUUCUUGGGUUGCUUGUCAGGGGAGAAAAACGAAACAGUGGAAGGUUGAAAAACGUCCUAGAGGGUUUUAAAAGUUUGCUGUUUUAAUUGUGACUUCCUUUUUUAAAAAUUUUAUUUAGUGUGUGUGUGUGUGUGUGUCCAAAACAGAGUGAUCUAACAUAGGGAAACUUCAAGAUCCUCCUUAUUAAAACAUCAGCAUGUGGGAUGGUUUCUUUUCUUUCUUCCUUGAUGAACCCAGACAGCGUUACUCUACAGAACCAUUGAGGGUAACCUUUACGGAGGAAAGGAGAAAAGAAUGUACCUGACUACAUUGAGAAAUGGAGCAUUUUUAUUUCGUGUACAUAGUGUAUGAGAGAAAAAAAGGACGCUCUCUCUCUCUCUUUUUGUUAGAGCUAUGCACUGUAAAUGCAGCGUUCUUUUAAACAAACAAAAAACCGACUGAUUUUUU